AUGGUCUGGGGUAUGCGGCAUCUGGACACGCUUGAGGUGGGAAUGACCCGCCUUCAGUACCUGCGGGCGUUGCUCGACUUCAAGAGAUGGUGCUGUAAGGAACUUCCAAGACAGAAAACCGCCAGGAUCAAGGGGGACGGCGUGCUGGAGCACGAGGACGAGAUAGGAAGGUACAUCGACGACGACAUGGGUGAUCUGUGUUACACCGACAAGGACGACCUUCUUUGGAUGCACGGUCCACGCGUCAACGCCACGCGGAUCAGGGCGUACAUUUUGUCAAUCGCGAGGCAGAAGGGUAUUGCAAAGGCCGCGGAGCUCGAGGAGCUGAAAGCCGAGAAGAACAAGGAUGCUCAUCUGCACCACAGCUACGCGGCGAGACACUUGGAGGAGGAGAUGUGCGCCGUCGGCCACACACUGUUGUGGCUCCACUUCGUUUACGACCAGCUGAGCCGCUCGCCCACCUCUCGAUUUGUGCCACCCCUCGACUUCAGUACUCCGUACAUGUGGUACCACAAGCACCUCUUUCAUGCUCGGAACGACAAGAUACAAAAACAGCUGCCGGCUUCAUCGCAUUCUCGGAUCACGAAGGAGAUGUGGCGGACGAACAAGAUCUUCAUCACGCGCAACACCCACGCCGCCCGGGCAGGUGGGGCACAGGAGCUGGCCGACGAUGGCGUUCCGCAAUCUGACAUCGCCGACUUGGGCCACUGGGCACUCGACAAGCUUGCGAAGAGCUACAUCACGACCAUUCCGAAGGCGGCGAUAUUAAGAAAGGCCGGCUACACGGGCAAGCGCGGUGACUACCACCUCGGCCGCAGCAUGGCAAAGCCCGACGACAAGGUGGUGGCCCUCAUCGCCCAGCAUAUCUUUCCGUGGGCGGAAGCGGAACUGGCCUAG